CCGACAUUUACCUAAUGGUCCAAAAAAACAUGCGCGAGCCACGUCUUUAAUGGCUUGGCGACUAUCGUGCGCGUCACAACACUCGCCCCCAUCUUUGAUGUUCUUGCGCCAUGCCCUUUCCGUAUUUUUUUUUUCUCUUACUCGCGUGACGUGCCAAAGGCGGCAGCGGGAAAUCGACACCGCAACCACGUGAUGCGAUGCUCUCUGUCGCUAGCGUCUAUAGAUUGCGCGGCCGCGUUUCUUCCGAUCCCGAGACCGCCCGCUCGUUUUAUCAACCCGCCGUACGCUUUAGUUUGUCUUUUGAUCCCUCUCGAGCGUCGGCAAGGCGCUGAUGCACGACGCGGGGGUGUGUUAUUUCGCUUUCCAUCUUCCGGGGCCGCUUCCUUGAGACGUAGCACGCUGGGUGUCCCAUUUCGGCAACAGUGGCGACGCAUCUCAAGACUCCAAGUCUUAGGAACAAUUACGCUUUGGAGCUUGCCUCGCAGACUGGGACCUGGUGCACUCCGUGAAACUGUUUCGCGAGUCUGUUGAUCAGGUGCGCGCAAACGAACGGAUUUUUUUCUGAGUGGCGUGAGAGUGAGACAGCGAAUGGUAGCCUGCCUCUCCAACAUUUCGCCGUCACGACAGCGUAACGUGUGCUUUUUGAGUCAUUAUUAUACGGUUGUCGCGAGAGACUUUCUUUCUGCGUCGCCGCUGAGAGAGUUGUAACUGCCUCGCGCGGCUUGCGGUGCGCCAUUCACUCGGGCCUUUUUCACUUCACGUGGCCAAGCUGGUGGCAUCGACCCUUGUGGCUAUGAGCAUGCCGUUGAACGAACUGGUCCGCGGCGUUUUGUUCGCCGUCGCCGCCGCCUCGUCCUUCCAGCUGGACGUGACGGCGGCAUCGGCAGCCCCGCGCUGUGAGAACACCAGCCGUCCCAUGCAGGCUGUCUACACCUGUGUCGGCUUCACCUCAACGCGGCACUUUGCAGAGCUCGUCGAGGGCUCCCUGCUCACCGAGAGUCCGCUUUCCUUCGUACUUUCCGACUGCGAGCUCCCAGAGCUUCCGGCCAAUGCCUUCGCCGACAUUCCCGUCCACGUACUGGAACUUAGCAACGUCACGGUGAAGUCCUUCGGAUCCUCUGCCGACGGCCUUCUUGUGGGAGACGUCGAAGAAACACUGGAAAAGCUCGUCUUCCGCGACCGCAGUAGCCUCCCCGCGUCCUGGUCGUCGCUCAAGAACUUGAAGAGGUUGAAGGUACUGAGGUUCUUCAACAUGGCCGCACUGCAGUUGACGUCAGAUUGCAACGCACUCGCCGGCAGUUUGACCAUUGUGGAAGUCGUUCAGUCUAGCAUAGCGCGAAUCGACGAAGACUGGCUCGCGCGGGUAACCGGCCUGGAGUCACUAGUGAUUCGAGAUUGCGACCUCAAGCAGUUUCAGCGGUCCAUGUUGCCCAGGCCAGCGCCAAACCUCUGGAACUUGGACCUAAUUGGGAAUAACUUGACGUCACUGCCCGACGACUUUGGCGAAGACUACCCGGCCCUGAAGUUCUUGGAUUUGGGCAGCAAUUAUCUGACGACUGUUAGCAGGGCCAGCCUGGCGCCACUUCUGGACGCGCCCGUCGAAGCCGUCGAGCUCGGCGGCAAUCCCCUGGUGUGCGACUGUACGGUGGAGCACCUGCGUGCCUUCCCGGCCGGGUUGCUGAGUGCGGAUUGCCGGGCGCCCGAGGCACUCAGGCGGAGGAGCGUGCACGAUCUCACCGACGAAGACCUCCGAUGCGCCGCUUGAGGCUCGUGUGCGCUUGUCGUCAGCCUUGUGCUUGCGCUGUAUUAGCGAGCCUGUUUGGGUGCUUGACUCGUGGCAGCCGCAGACAGGUUGCAAAUGCCAUGGGUGUGUUCCAAUUCUGGCCAACAUCGGGGACAGACAGCCAAGACAGCUUCGAGGCCACGUAACGGAACGCGUUUAGAGCCGUCUGGAAGACGCAUGCAAGGUGCUUUCUGCGACGUGACGCCACCUCGCGGCCACAAGAAAAAGUUGAGAAAAGCGCGUGUUAUUUCUGUAUUUUAAGUCCUUGCGCCUGCAAACCUACAAAGAGCAAGCGAUGUAGCUUACAUUAAGGGCAUAGGAUAGCGUGUCUACGUUUUCUUCUGCGCGGACAACCUCCUUCCUGUCGGCUUUCCAAGCGUCCCGCUCAGCCGCCGUCUUGUUUGAACAGGAAAGUAGCCUGCAUCGUUUUUGACUUCGAUGCCCUUUUCGCGAAGCGUCUACUUUGACGUCUUCGUGAGAAUUGGAACGAGACGGCCGCUGUUCGCUUAGCCCUCUACUUUGCAAAAGCGCGCGUGUGCUUAGGUUUGAUCAGGCGUGUGCUUAGAACACCCGAUGGCCAAGGUUUAUCUGGGGCCUUCCACUGCGGCUUGUCCGAUAGCCAAAGUGUUGCUUACGUUCAAUCACACGAUUAAAUCAAAAUUAACGAGGAUAUGGGAUGCCAUGCUCGACACUGUCGGAUGCGUACGCUUUUGGUGGCGUAAGUUUUGUACACUUGGCUUCUCUGUGGCGUCAUCACCAUAAUCGCGAGCCUGGGACAAACCCAUCUCACGGAUGUUUCGUUUGUACUUGUUUCUGAUCUUGGUAAUUUCUGCUUUCGCCACUGUCUUGGUGCCCGACGGGUCGAGCAGGUGUUUGACGAUCUUCCACGUUUUGCCCGUGUUGUUGUUGCUGUCCAUGGCGCUGUGUGUUUCGAUGUUCUUGUUCCGCGAUUUUGCGCCUUAGAUUUCUAUUUUGUUUUUGCCCUUGCAGACGUUUCUGAAUGGAUUUUUUGGCUUGUAGAAGGUGCGCGAGCUGGCUGUCCAUCCGCAGAGGGUGACUGCCAUCGUCGUCGUCGUCUUCUGCGUCUUCUCGUCGAGGCCCCAGUCGUCCUACUCCAUCUCGGUCGUGGCCUUUUCUGCGUCUCGUAGCAGCUCCCCGCUCCAUUUUUCUGUGUUUCUUAUGAGUCCCUGCUCCUUUUCGUCUCUGAUAUUGAAGAAUUUUGUCCCAGUCUACUAGUCUGAGCUUAUUUUUUAUUCCCUUCGUGACGCGGGCAUCUCCUACGGCGAUACUGAGGAUCCUGUGAUCGCUCCCCAGGUCCUCGAAUGUGUUUUCCCAGGUGAUUCUCCCGCGCCCCUACACAGCGUUAGGUCCGGUGUGGUGUCCCUAUGGGUGCCCGACUCUGGUGUGCGAGGCCGGCUUGUUGAGAAGGGUUAGGCCGGCCUUUUCAAUGAGGUCGGCCUGGUCUUUUACCUUCUUUGACGAGUACCCAUAUCCCCAUUGCGUGUGUGGAGCAUUCAAGUCACCUGCGAUGACGAGCCUGUUGUCGCGCGCGGUGGUCAUCUUCUCGUUAAUUAAAUCUUCGAAAUUGUGUUAGGACCUUUUUGGAUGAGCUGCUGUAGAUGUUCAAGACGAAAGCGCUGCUCUCCCCUCUCCCUCUUGCUUUGUAGCACUUCUAUGAGGAUGAUGCCAAUGUCUAUCAUUUUUCUCAUAAUGCACAGGCUGGCGUCCAGUGCUGUCUUGACUAAUGUGAUUAUGAGUAUCUCCCUCCCCGUCCAUCUUGGGCGUUGUUUGUGGGUGGCGUACCCGGCAAUUUUGGCGUGGUCGAAUGUUUCCUGGAGAAUUAUUACGUAGGGAUUCUUUUUUCUUUUUUCGGUCAUUUUAAUGUGUUGUGCCAUUAUUGCUUUUUUUUUUUUGAGAAUCCGCGAAAGUUCCACUGCCAGAUGACGAGUUUUCCCUUUUUGGUGCCCGCCAUCUUUACCAGACCUUCUACAGCUCUGCGCUCCGAACGGAUUGUCAUGAGCAUGGGGAAGCAACAGAAUUGAUUGGCGAAAGCAGAAGUUACUGUAGCUACAGUGGCUUACGAUUACAUGCAGCGUGAUUGUAGAUUGAUUGAAAAAUAAAGGAAUGUUGAAAACAAA